AUGCCACCUUUAGAUAAGAGGAUCAAAAAAUUCAUUAAGAAUUCCCUCCGAGUGGCUCCCAGGGUCUCGAAUAAAGGUGAAUUGGCAGAGUUAAGGGCAGCACUGGUAUCUCAGUAUCCACAAACGCGUAAGGAUGCCAUUAAGAAAACUAUACAGCAAAUGACCCUGAGCAAGGAUGUUUCCUCACUGUUCCCCGAUGUUUUGAAGAAUAUAGCUACGAAUGACGUCGAACAAAAGAAGCUCGUUUACUUAUACGUUAUGAAUUACGCUGAAACGCAUCCUGAACUUUGUAUUUUGGCGGUUAAUACUUUUGUUACCGAUGCUCAGGAUCCAAAUCCUUUGAUUCGUUGUAUGUCUAUCAGAACCAUGUCCAUGAUUAGGGUGGACAAGAUAUUAGAAUAUGUCGAAACGCCCCUACGCCGUACAUUGCAAGACGAUAAUGCAUACGUUAGGAAAACCGCUGUCAUCUGCGUAGCUAAGUUGUUUCAAUUGAAUAAAGAGCUCUGUAUUGAGCUUGGCGUCUUAGAAGACUUGGUUUCGGCAUUAGAUGAUGCAAACCCGAUGGUUGUGGCAAAUGCAACAGCCGCUCUCACUGAGAUCAACGCAAUGGACUCUUCUGUGGUCAAUUUAGCAGAAUUGAUCAAUUCUCAUGUUUCACAGUUCUUACUUGCCCUGAAUGAAUGUACGGAAUGGGCCAGAAUCACCAUACUUGGAGCUCUUGCUGAGUAUAACGCUAGAGAUUCAUUGGAAGCACAGGAUAUUAUAGACCGGGUCUCUGCUCACUUACAGCAUGUUAAUCCAGCUGUUGUUCUGGCCACUAUACAAGUUGUCAUUAAAAACUACUCUCGUACGGAGCAGCAAAAUCCAAAGGCGUUCAUGAAUAGGCUCUCAUCGGCAUUAGUUUCCAUCAUGUCGACCCCACCAGAGAUGCAGUAUGUGGCUCUAAGAAAUAUAAGAAUUAUCUUGGAAAAAUACCCAGAAGUAUUGACCAAGGAACUGAGGAUAUUCUACGUUAAAUUCAAUGACCCGCUUUACAUCAAAAUAGAAAAAAUCGAUAUUUUGGUUAGACUGAUAGAUUCCACGAACUUUAAACAAUGUAAUAUGCUGCUAGUUGAGCUGAAGGAAUACGCGAUGGAGUUUGAACCUGAAUUUGUUUCGAGAGCCAUUCAAGGUUUAGCUCAGCUAGGAAUAAAAUACUCAGAAGAAAAGUUUGUUGCCAAGACAUUAGACGUUCUACUGGAACUGUUGGAAGGACACGAAAAUUUAAAGGACGAUUGUUGUGUUGCUGUUUGUGAUUUACUAAGGCAUAGUGUUGGAAAUGAUACAAUGGCAAAUAAUGUAUGUUCCGUACUAAAUUCGUGGUCAUCGGUUGAGUCGACACUGACGUCUGAUGCAGCAAAAUGUAACUAUAUCUGGUUAAUGGGCCAAUAUCCUGACAAGUUUACCUCCUUAGAGAGCAAGCUGGAAGCCUUCGUGCAAGAAUUUCCUCAGGAAGAACCUUUGACGCAAACAUCUAUUUUGAUGACCGUCGUUAGAUUACACUCAAAGUUAUCUGGUAAUAUACUUCAAAAUGUUCUCGAGCUGGCCACUAACUCGAUUCAUGAGCUCGAUGUCCGAGACAUGGCUAUACUAUAUUGGAGAUGCUUAUCAGUGUCUGACUCUGAAAAACUGAUAGAAGAAUUAUGCUCAUCAGUAUCGCCACGUAUUGAAAACACUUUGGACCAAUUCUCUGCAGAUGUUCUCGAAAAACUGUUGACGGAGUUGUCGACUAUAAGCUCGAUUCUUUUCAAGCCAAAAUCAGAUAGAAAUACCAGUUAUGUUCAAAGGCAAUACGUCGUUCGUGGUAAGCAGAUGGAUGAGUUAAAGGAUAUAGCAAAGACAGAGAUAGCAAAGACUAUGAAUGACGAUGUGUUACUCGAUUUUGACGAUGACGAUGAUGAAUCGAACCCUCAGAUUUCGGGCAACAACAAUGCUCUUGACGAUCUAGAUGAACUGUUCGACUUUGGAAGCGUACCCAGCAACUCAGCAAAUGUUGAUCAAGGUAUGAAAAACCUAAAUAUACAGACACAACCUGCCAAGAAGACUUCCAAUACCCAAGAUCUUCUGGAUCUUUUUUAA